AUGUCAUUUAAGGCCAUCUGCAAACGCCGUCUCUUGGACGAGAUGGUGCGACACACAACGCGAGGACAGAACUACAUCGUCAUGCUUGUGGACGACCGCAGUUUGAGAAUUCUCUCUGCAUGCUGCAAUGUGUACGACGUUCUGGAGGAAGGCGUUACGGUCAUCGAGCCUGUCUGCCAGCACCGUCAGCCACUGCCUGACUUGGACGCGCUCUACUUUGUCUCCCCGGAAACCGCUUCUGUGGACGCGAUUUUGCGCGAUUUUUCUUCGGACAAAAAUCAGUACAAUCGCAUCCAAGUCUACUUCACUUCGCCUCUCCCGCCAGGCGGUCAGGUCUUGCGGAAGUUCGCGAGAUGCCCGAACAUUCUUCCGCGCAUUCGCGCCUUCGUUGAAUUUAACCUCGACUUCAUAGCUCAAGAGCAGCGUGUGUUUCACCUCGACCGGCCCUCCGACUUCGUCGACCUUUUCCGCGGCCAGGACGCUGAGAAACUCGACCGCAUUGCCACUCAACUCUUCACCCUGUGCGCUUCUCUCGGAGAAACGCCGGCCAUUCGUUUCCAGAAGAAUCUUCGAGGAUGCGCUAAAGCAGUUGCUACCUGUCUUUACGACAAGCUUCGACACGCUGAAUUCAAGCAAACCUCCGAACCGGGAGAGUCCACCCUGCUCAUUGUAGAUCGAUCCGUUGACCUCGCAACUCUCUUCAUCCACGAGUAUACGUACCAAGCGCUGGUGUAUGAUGUUCUCAACAUCGCGACAAGUUCGUUCACGAAACUGCUUGCAAACAAAGAAGAAGACGAAGACGCCAUCCGAGAAAACACCUUCCAGUACGAAAUCGUCAACAACCUCGGCAAACACGAGAAGAAGCGGGCCGAGUUGGGAGAGCAAGACGAGCUUUGGGUUCGCUUUCGCCACCAGCACAUUCAGUCGGUGAAUCAAGAAGUCCAAGAAGAAAUUAAGAGAUUCGUCAAGGAGAAUGCGACAGCUCAAAUUCAGAAACAAGAGGGCCAAGGCCCCACUCUCCAAGCGAUUCGGUCUCUUCCGCAGUAUCAGGAAAUGCUCGCAAAGUACUGGGUGCAUGCGUCACUCACGGAGCAGAGCUUUGCGCAGCUGCAGGAGAGAAAUCUGAUGAACGUCGGGAUUCUGGAGCAGGACCUUGCUUGCGGAGUAGACAAAGAUGGAAAGGAAGUCAGUGCGUCGAAGUUGCUCACGAUGCUCAGCAACCAUCUUUCAGACGCAAACGCUGAAGUAGACGAUAAACUUCGCCUGCUUCUUCUCUACUUCACACAAAUGACCGGCCUCUCUCCCAGCGAUAGAACCAAGCUCAUGGAGGCGGCGCAGCUGAGUUUGACAAGCGAGGAAACGGUGCAGAAGUUUUUGAGUUUGCAGCUCCACCAAGAGAACGUCGACACCGAAGCAGGCACCUCGAGGCUGGCACAUCGACUCGAGAGAGACAAAGACCGGAGAAAAUUCUUCAAACGACGAGCAAAGAACGCGGCCUACGAACUUUCUCGCUUCGAACCGUUCGUCAAAACGCUUAUGGAGCGCGCUUUGCUGGGAGAUCUUCACGGAGGCAAUUACCCAUUCGUCGAGGAAACGCGACCAGGUCCCAAGUCCCAGUCUCGUCUCGCUUCGGCAACUGAGCAAACGAUUGGACGCGCGACCGAGUGGGCCUGGAGCUCUGCUGGAAACCAAUGCUCGACGACGUCGAGCCCUGUGAGUUCCGAGAGGCCGAGAAAGAAAUUCAUUCUCUUCGUUCUCGGAGGCAUCACUCACGCCGAAAUGCGCUGCGCGUACGAGGUCUCCAACGAACUGGGCGCAGACGUCAUUCUCGGAGGCACGAGCAUCUUGACGCCUCCGCAAAUCAUUCGAAUUCUCAAGCAGUCGCCUUUCUCAGCUGCCUAGACAGGCGAGAAAGAGAUCUAAAUAUCUUCUCUGUAUUUGUUUCCUCUGUGUCCUUCAUCUCGAGCGUUCUCCUUCUGUCGCGCUGCUUCUUUCCUGUUUUCCUUUUUCUCUCUCUCGUCGACUCUGGGUGUCCGAACAGCCGCAAGCAUGCAUGCAGCGCAGCUGCCUCCGUGUCUUCUCUUCCUUCCUUCUCUCUUUUUCCUUUCGCUGCUUUUUUGCUGUCUGUGUUCGUCUCUGCUUCGCUUUCUUUUUUUUGUCUUCUCUUCUGAAAGAGGGACCUUGUGCACGCCCACAGUGUGGCUCGCUUCUCUCUCCACGCUCUUUUGAAAGUUCUCCGUUUUUCUUCGUCCAGCCUCUUCUCUCGAUGUUCUCUCCGGACUGUUUUUCUCCCGGGUUCGCGCUGUGGAGCCGGUUCGUUGAGUCGGAAAGUCUCCUGCGUUCUCCUCUCUUCCGCUUCUCCCUCCUCGCUUGUGAGUUCCACGCGUUCUCUCCGCGCCUC